AGGAACAAACGGACGGAGGCGGAGCAGACUUGUCCUUCAGUGCUGCAAGCUAGUAGAAGUGUACUCCGUAUGUGUUGGAAGUGUUCGUUAAAAAGUGCACGUAAAGGAAGAUUACACAGCUGUGGACCACGAUGGCAAGGAUUUUGCCCUUACUGAAACUAGCCGCCAAGGUGACCAUCGCAGGAGGAGCCGUUUACGUCGCGUGUGACUCGGGUCUGCUGGGAAACAGUCAACAGGGCUCAGAGGCCCUGGAGAAAGCCAAAGCUGCUGUACCACCUGCCUUAGAGGAAUGGAUGAAGUAUUUCGGUCUUGAGGCUCAGCUUCCAACCAUGCCCACGAUUGAGUUCUCUCCUGUUCAAUCAUGGAACUCUGGAGUCCGGUGGACAAUUUCAAAUCUUUCUGAGGCUCCAACAAAGGCAGCUGAAUAUGCAAAUCAGGGAGCGCAGUAUGUAAAGGACCUGAUCAAAUGAACAAACUAUGGGUGGCUUCACAUUAUCAAUUCACAUGACUUUUGCACUUGACAUGACGGUACUCCUUAAAAAUGUGUCUCCCCCGUCAAGAAGAUGGUCAACAUGAAACUGUUAAGUGACAUCCAGUUACAAGGACUGCUUUCUUCUGAAGGAUGCUGUUUUUAUUAAAUGUGCUUUAAAAUGGAAGUAGUACAUAACACAGAGAAGGAAAAGGUAUUUUAAAUAUCUUGUUCAUUUUGUGUUUAACAGUAAAUUAAAUGUUACUAAUGUCCUUUAUUAAAGUUAAUACCAUCUUGUCCACUGCUAGCUUAAAUCAUGUGAAUGUUGUGUAUAUAUGCAAUUUCACUAUUCAGAAUAAGAAUAGUCUUAAAACA